AUUUUUCUGCGUGGACUAGCCGAUAACGACAAAGUUCGCUAUCGUUCGAGCGACAGACAUGCGAGCUUUUGCUUUCCGGCUGCGCCAAGGCCGUCGCUCGAGCGAAGAACAUGCGAGCAAGUGCCAGCUCACAGCGAGCACCCAGACGAAUAUAUGCUGCGAAGCCUGCUAGUAUCAUGUCUCCUUGCAGCACCCUCUCUCGCCGCUACCGCCGACGAAUGGCGCAGCAGGUCGAUAUACCAGCUCAUGACGGACAGGUUCGCCACGUCCGAUGGCUCCUCGCCGCCGUGCGACGUCGCGAGCCGGAAGUACUGCGGCGGCACCUGGAAGGGCAUCGAAAGCAGGCUGGACUACAUCCAGCACAUGGGGUUCGACGCCGUCUGGAUCUCACCCAUCGUCGCUAACAUCGAGGGCGAAACAUACUACGGCGAGGCCUACCCCGGGUACUGGCCGGUCGACCAGAACGCGCUGAACGGCCACUUCGGCAGCGCCUCCGACCUCACCUCGCUCAGCUCCGCACUCCACUCGCGCGGGAUGUACCUCAUGCUCGACCUCACCAUAAACCAC